AUGGAUGAGGGCUGGUGCAGGACAGACCAGAUUAUCCUCUGUGGAACAUUUGGCUUGGCUCUGAGCAUCCCUGCUGUCUUUGAAGUGGGAGGUUAUCGUAUUUGUGUUCUUCUUUUUUGCUUCCCUGAUGCCUGGGACAAGUUUGCUCUCACUGUUCUCAGGCCAGCUUCGUCUCCAGCUCUGAAGGCUUUGUCUCUGGCCCUCAGCAGCCUGUGGAUGUCCCCUGUCAACCAUGGAUUCUUGUUGCCAUUCCAUAAACAUUUCCCAGUCUGUUGUGCCAAAGCCACCAAGCAGAGGAGGCCCCCUCUGGCCACACUCUUACCUCCUUCAGAACCGGGGAAAAUUGCAUUAGAGAGGUUUAUUGAAGAAAGUAAGAAGAUAAACAACGGACCUCCUGCCCGAUACCAGCUGCAGCUAAAAAGAGUAAAUCUGGACAAAGAAUCAAAUGAAGAAUCUAAACUGAGGAGAUUUACUCUUGGAGAACGUGAUCCAAAGCAUCUGAACAAGACCAUCCUCCUGGUGGGAGCCACAGGGUCAGGGAAGUCCACUCUGAUCAACACUCUGGUCAACUUUGUGAUGGGGGUGAAGUUUGAAGACAAAGUCUGGUUUGAGGUCAUCACAGAUGAAAAGAACAAACCUCAGUCUGAGAGUCAAACCACUGCUGUGUCUGUUUACGACAUCUAUGGAUUCGAGGGAAAAACUGUCCCUUAUUCACUGACCAUCAUCGACACUCCAGGAUACGGAGACACCAGAGGAUUAGAACAUGAUGAUAUGGUCACAAAAAAACUGAAAGACCUGUUCUGCAUCUCUGAGGGAGUGUGA